UAUCAUAGAGUUUUUUCAGUACUGCCAACGUAACCAAAUAAAAGUUUGACGGCGACGAGAACCAUAAACAACAGUCUUUCUGAAGUUUGUGUUUGAUCAUGGCGGUGGGCAAAAAUAAAGGUCUGUCGAAGGGUGGCAAAAAGGGUGUUAAGAAGAAGAUUGUGGACCCUUUCACCCGUAAAGACUGGUACGAUGUCAAGGCACCGUCCAUGUUCACCAAGAGACAAGUGGGAACCACCCUUGUCAACCGCACCCAGGGUACCAAAAUCGCCUCUGAGGGUUUGAAGAACCGUGUAUUUGAAGUUUCGCUGGCCGAUCUUCAAGCCGACACUGAUGCGGAGAGGUCUUUCCGCAAGUUCCGUCUGAUCGCCGAGGAUGUCCAGGGACGCAAUGUGCUCUGCAACUUCCACGGCAUGGACCUCACCACUGACAAGCUCAGGUCCAUGGUGAAGAAAUGGCAGUCUCUGAUCGAGGCCAACAUUGACGUGAAGACCACCGACGGCUACCUGCUGCGAGUGUUCUGCAUUGGAUUCACCACCAAGGACUCCCUGAGCCAGAGGAAGACAUGCUACGCUCAGCACACUCAGGUGCGAGCGAUCAGGAAGAAGAUGUGCGAGAUCAUCACGCGCGACGUGACCAGCUCGGAGCUGCGCGAGGUGGUCAACAAGCUGAUCCCCGACUCCAUCGCCAAGGACAUCGAGAAGGCGUGCCACGGGAUCUACCCCCUGCACGAUGUUUACAUCCGCAAGGUCAAGGUCCUGAAGCGACCCCGCUUCGAGAUCUCCAAGCUGAUGGAACUCCACGGCGAGGGGAGCGGAGCGAAGCGCGGUGAAGGCGGGGAGAAGUCCGAAAGACCUGAGGGCUACGAACCACCCGUGCAAGAGAGCGUUUAAAUAUACUUUAUAAAGAA